AUGUACCCAACAGAUUUGAAAAAUGGACAUCUAAAGCUGAAUACUUUUGGCAAAACUCUAGACCACAACAUUAUGUUGAAAACGAUACAAAACUUUUGUUACAACAAAAAUAGUGCGGGGCCUUUCAAUAUGUCGUCACCAUUCUUAGUCGAUAACAUAUUACACCAACAAAAAACCGAAUUGCACAACCAGUACAUAAACCAACAAAUAGAGAACUACGUUCGUCAAAACUACGAGCGUUCUCGCGAAAAUACUCCCGAAAUUGACGAAUCUAAGGCCGAAUGUGACGAAGAGAACCGACAGGAGGAUGCAAUUGACGAAUCGAAAAUUGAGGACGACGAUUCGAAAAGCAGGGACGAGGAUUUCGUUAAAAAUGAGGUUUAUUACAAUAACGAUUAUUACCAAAGAGGUGAGGAAGCUAGAUCGACAGAAAAAGAAGUUUUAAAUGUUCCGAAUUUGAUUCGGCGGUGUCCAAGCUGCGGUUCGUUUGACUGUCCCCCGUUCGCUUGUAAGAAAUCUGGUAUUCGACGACUGGAGGAGUUAGAAAAACGAUUUAACUUGAAUUAUCAUGAGAAUUCUGGUGACGAGGGAGAUAAGCAUGAUGGUAAAGGGUACACAGAUGACCUGGUGCGGUCCUGUGAAGAUUUUUCUGAGCAGAAGAAGCCGCUGUUGAAGUUUAGUGUCAGUGCGAUUCUGGGGGAAGACAGUUUGAAAAGUAGCAAUGUUAAUGAAUACCGGCAGCCGAUGAUGGGCAGUCCUUGGCCGAUAGCGAAGCCGAUCGCCAGCCGGCCGAUACCCGUGCAGCAUCAGCAUCUACAGCAUCUACUGGCGCACUGUCAUCAUCCUUAUUUAGUGAGACCAACGCAAGCGCAUACACAAGUGUUCCCACUGCCUGGAGGAUUCCCCUGGGCGCAUAGUUCAAGAGGUAAACCGCGACGAGGAAUGAUGCGUCGGGCAGUCUUCUCGGAUCUUCAACGCAAAGGCUUGGAGAAGAGGUUCCAAGUUCAGAAGUACAUCUCCAAGCCUGAUAGGAAGAAGUUGGCGGAGAAACUCGGACUUAAAGAUAGUCAGGUAAAAAUAUGGUUUCAAAACCGCCGCAUGAAAUGGCGCAACUCGAAAGAGCGGGAACUCCUAGCCUCAGGCGGAUCCCGUGAACAAACUCUACCAAACAAGAACAACCCACACCCAGACCUAUCAGACGCCGAAGCUGACAAACAGAAACUAUCUCCACUCUCCCCCAACGAAGAACAAAACGAAGAAAUGAAGAAGGUCUUCGCAACAACUUCGAAUGAGUUCCGUAGCUACGAAGACAAAAUGGCGGGCGGGCAACUGUUUGCGCGCGAAGUGACGUAUCAGAAUAUGGACGAAGAUGAUUUUGACAGCGAUGCUAGCGCGAGCGAUGAAGAAAUUAACGUGACCUGA